GUUAUAAGAGGCUGUAGAACGCUAUAACUGGAAACUAUUCGAUAACAGAACGAUGGCCAACAAUAGUGCCAGUAUACUAGACAAGCAAGUAGCCGACAACAUCUUUUCCACGGAAAAUGACGACAGUCAACCGAGAACUCCUGGCAUCCCUUUAUCUAGAAAGCUGUGCUAUGCAGUUGGAGGAAUGCCUUACCAAAUGACUGCAAACGCCAAGGGCUUUUUCAUGCAGAUCUUUUUACUGGAUGUUGUGAAGAUGAGCGCUUUCUCUGCAUCCAUCAUUCUUUUUCUCGGUCGAGCUUGGGAUGCUAUUUCAGAUCCUCUGAUUGGAUAUGCCGUGAGCAAGAGUGGCCGGACCAGGAUUGGCAAGCUUAUUCCUUGGAUUGUGUUCACAAUGCCACUUGGGGUCCUAUCAUACGUUAUGCUCUGGUAUACCCCACAGGACACCAUGUCCUCUGGCUUCAGUUUUGGCUGGUACUUCACAUGGUGCUGUCUGUUUGACACCUUCAUGAGUUGCUACCAUGUGCCGUAUUCUUCCCUAAACAUGUUUCUGGGAGGGAAUCAGAAGGAUCGUGAUUCAGCCACUGGUUACAGAAUGGGCAUGGAAGUGUUCGCUACACUGGCGGGAGCUGCUAUUCAGGGUCAGAUCGUGGGGGUGCAUCAUGCCAAGAGGACACGCGCCUGCAGUUUACAGAACAACACGGAAGGGACUGGGUUCUUUGGGAACCACUCCAACUCACUGGAUGACACAUUUGAAAGUCUACGAAAUACAAGAAGAGCCUAUCUGAUUGGAGCAUUAGUAUUAGGAAUGCUGUACUUUCUGUGCUGCCUCAUCCUUUUUAUUGGAGUGAAGGAGCAGUUGGCACCUCUGAGUAAACUGGACCGCAUAAACGUCUCCUAUCUAACAGGAAUGAAGAUGGUGGUGAGACACACUCCAUAUGUGCGGCUUGUUUUUGGCUUCCUAUUUGCAUCACUAGCCUUCCAGAUGGCUCAGGGGAAUUUCGCCCUCUUCUGUACUCAUGCAGCAAAUAUGGGAGCAUAUUUCCAGCAUCUCGUUCUUAUAUUACUGACAUCAGCUACAAUAUCCAUCCCAAUAUGGCAGACAUUACUAGUUAAAAAAGGCAAGAAGACCACCAUAUUCAUCGGCCUAUCAGUUUACAUCCCAGCUCUAAUUGUGAUAUCCAUAGUGAAAAGUAAUUUACCCACCUUCAUUAUUAUGUCCAUGUUAGCUGGCAUGAGUCUGGCAGCCCUCUAUCUACUCCCUUGGUCAAUGUUGCCAGAUGUAGUGGAUGACUUCAAAGUCAAGAACCCAUCAUGUCAUGAUCUAGAACCAUUGUUCUACUCCUGCUAUGUUUUCUUCAACAAAUUUGGAGGAGGCAUGUCUGUUGGAGUCUCUACCUUGGUACUACACUUUGUAGGAUACAAGCCUGGUGCUUGUAAACACAAUCCAGAGGUCAUAACCUCACUGCGGGUGCUCUUCGCUCCUGUACCCAUCUGCCUGCUACUCAUCAGUUUGGUGAUUUUUGGCUUCUAUCCCAUCAAUGAAAAGCGACGGCAGAAAAUCCAGGAAGCAUUAAGAAAAGCAGGGGCAGAGACCGGCUUGAAAGGAGAAGAAGAACUGAGCCUAUGAAGUAAUCAGUGGCAAUCACUACUUUUGUAACACAGCUGAACUGUUGAUCAUGAACGUGCUUUUGUUUUCAUCUCAGUGUACAGGCUUUUUCAUUGUGCAUUGUGAAUAGUUUUCAUUCCUGCUCCUAGGGACCCAAACCUCAUUUAAGUGUCUCACUAAUCAUACACGCUCAUUUCAGGUCGGGGAGAUCUCUACUAAUGAGAUGGAUAAAAGAGACAUUGAAAAUGUGCAGUGCUGCGGGGCCCUCGGGGCUAGAAUUGAGAAACGUUAGUGCACUUCAAGGUGCAAUGUGUAAUUUCCACAUCAUAUAGAGACAAACGGUCCUUCCUCAAACCCAUUUUAAGCCAGUGUUGCUGUGUGAAAAGUGUUUAUAUUAACCAAUGAAUGAAAGUUGUAGGCUAGUUUAAUGCACACUCAGUGAAACCAUUCACUCAUAUACUGAAUCUUCAGACCAAGUCUGCAAAACUGCAAGCACAUUAUCUGUUCUUGUGUUUAAUUUGCGAAAAACUGCUAUUUAAAUGCCACACAGUUUGUUUACAUAAUCUAUGUGUGUAUGUUAUAUAUGUAUAAAUACACACACAUACACAUAUAUAUAUUUAAUAAAUAUAUGUAAUAUAUGUAUUAUAUAAAUCAUAUCUAAAUAUGUGAGUAUAAAUAUUUCUUAAAUAUAUACAUGCAUGUGUGUAUGUUUAUAUAUACACACAAAUAUACACAGCGCACACACGUAUUGUGUAAACACAAACUCUUAUUUUGCAUGCGAUUCGUGAUUAAUCAAUUUGACAGCCCUAACAUAUACCCAACUUGAUCACUUAGAAAUCAAAACUCAAUGUUUUGAAAAAAAUACAAAAUUUUCACCCUUCCACCCCAUUCUAUUUACAGUACUUUGUAAAUAUAUACUAAAUAUGCAUACAAUUAUAUUUCUAUAGUGCUUUAUACAAUACAGCAGUAACAAAUUCUGAUGUAAAGCAGCUCUAACAAGUCACUCAGAAUAAGUCACUCAGAUAGCACAUCUGCAAGGUGUCUGUUAAAGAUCACUUGAUCUGGAAAGCAUUUGCCCUGCACAAACAUCUGACAGACGUCUGUAAGAUGUCAGUUUUACAUAUAUUCUAAAUCAUACAUUUCGUAAAGACAUCUAAUAGACAUCUAUUUGACAUUUGAUAGGAAACGUCCUGUAGACGUAUUACGGAUGAGCAAACACUGUAAAUAUACAGGUCCUUUUCAAAAAAUUAGCAUAUUGUGAUAAAGUUCAUUAUUUUCUGUAAUGUACUGAUAAACAUUAGACUUUCAUAUAUUUUAGAUUCAUUACACACAACUGAAGUAGUUUCAAGCCUUUUAUUGUUUUAAUAUUGAUGAUUUUGGCAUACAGCUCAUGAAAACCCAAAAUUCCUAUCUCAAAAAAUUAGCAUAUCAUGAAAAGGUUCUCUAAACGAGCUAUUAACCUAAUCAUCUGAAUCAACUAAUUAACUCUAAACACCUGCAAAAGAUUCCUGAGGCUUUUAAAAACUCCCAGCCUGGUUCAUUACUCAAAACCGCAAUCAUGGGUAAGACUGCCGACCUGACUGCUGUCCAGAAGGCCAUCAUUGACACCCUCAAGCAAGAGGGUAAGACACAGAAAGAAAUUUCUGAACGAAUAGGCUGUUCCCAGAGUGCUGUAUCAAGGCACCUCAGUGGGAAGUCUGUGGGAAGGAAAAAGUGUGGCAGAAAACGCUGCACAACGAGAAGAGGUGACCGGACCCUGAGGAAGAUUGUGGAGAAGGACCGAUUCCAGACCU